AGACAGACAGGCGUAUACUACUCCUCGUACCACUCUUGGUUGCCCUUGCUGGAUAAACGUCAGGCAAGGGGGAAAGGAUUUGUACACUUGUGUGUGUACGAUCAUCCCUGGCUACGACAGGCUCGCGCCCCUCUCUCACCUCGGUUUACCUGUCUCAUUUGAGACAGCGUCAUGGAAUGCUUAAGAAACAAGUUUCAAGAUGGCGUUGUUCUCGAUGGGAGAUUUCAAACAAUCUCCCCGCUUAACCAUGGUUCCUUCGGGAUGGUCUUCUUGGCGAGGGACUUGCAAACCAAUGAGCUCGUUGCCAUCAAGUGCAUGACAAAGAAGGCGGCUGCCAACGAAGCCGGCAUCGAGUUUGCUAUCGACGAGAGGUCCGAAGAGCUGUUCUGCCACCGCCGACUAGGAGCGCAUCCCAACAUUGUCAAUUUGGUCCACUCCUUCGAGACCAAUGCUCACGUGUACCUCGUCCUCGAGUACUGCUCCCGUGGAGAUCUCUACGAGACCAUUCGAACUGGAUGUGGUCCUCUGGAGACCGAGCACGUUCGUCGCUUCAUGCUCGAGCUGGUUGAUGCUGUCUCGUACAUGCACUCGAAGGGCAUCUAUCACCGCGAUAUCAAACCCGAGAACAUCUUUCUCAACGAGUCGGGUUCGAUGAAGCUGGGCGACUUUGGACUGGCCACCACGGAGCGAUGGAGCUACGAGACCACUGUGGGAAGCGAUAGGUACAUGUCACCUGAGCAGUAUGACUCAGUCGGAGCCGGAUACUCGCCUGCCCAGGCCGACAUUUGGGCGAUUGGCGUCUGCCUGCUUAACAUUCUCUUCUCUCGGAACCCUUUCACCACCCCUACCGAGGCCGACCCCUUGUUCCUAGAUUUCUCGCGCGACAAGCAGUCGCUCUUCGAUGUCUUCCCCACCAUGUCCCAAGAUACCUACGAAGUCAUCGUUGAGUGCAUGAAUCUGGACCCGAGCAAGCGAUCGCUGGUCGGCGCCAGGAACGCCCUUCGCCGCGUCGUCAGCUUCACCACCCUCACCGAGGACCUCGACGUGUUCUGCGCGACGGAGCGCAGCGCCGUUGCCACUGCGAACCGCGAGCCCCUCCGGACUCCCUCGAUCCAGAGUCCUCAGAUGGAGCAGGGCACCUUCCCUUGGGCGAAGGCCUUGCACGCUUCCCCGCUCCAGUCCCUGCGUCAACUGAGCGCUAUCCCGGACGACGAGAGUUAUACCGAAGAUUUGUUCUCGAAGUCGGCGGAAACUACGGGCUGGCUGUCGGCCUCUGUCCAGACUCCUUCGAUCUCGUCCGUGUUGACCUCUAAUCUCGGGGUGUCGAUGAAUUCGCUCGACGUGCUGUUACCCGUGAAGAUACCGGCCCGCUCAGGUGCUAAGGCGUCUGCAAUUUCUGGGUCGUUGCCCAUCACCAUGUCGAAGCCGAGGCCGAGUCUCGGGGCCUUGUCCUCGGUGUUUGGCCGCCAGAAGGACACGGUGUCGAAGAGCUGGAGCGACAUGUGGGAUGAGGAGGAGGAAGAAGAGGAAGAGGAGCGCGCCCGUCAGGUUCAAGCCCUCAACAAACUGAACUCGAGGACCUGGAGUCAAGAGAGCAAGGAGGAGGCACGCACUCCCCAGCAGGAUCCGGUAUCACUGCACCAGGCGCCAGCGUCUGUUAAUGAGAAGCCAGAGGCUUCGCCUGUGAAUGAUACCAUUUCAAACGACAUCGACGGGGAUUUGGUGGCCGAUGGAUUCUUCUUCCAUGAGCCCGUUGUUAUUGAACAGCCCGAGCAUUUUCCCCCUCGGUACUCGCCGCCGUCGAAGCGUAGCUGCCUCGACAAGUGGGCGGCGCUUGGGGAGCGCCGCCGCGCCUACGCUGGAGCACCGGUGCCCAAGUCGCUGGACUUUACUAUUAAGUCUCGACGACAGUUUGGUUUCAAUUUUAAUAAUUCGCACGGGGUAGGGAUCGGUAUUUGGGACCACACCACUCAAGCACAGAAUCAGCAUCACAAAUGGAACAAUCGGGACCGCGCCCCCUUGCGCGAGUGCCCGUGGAACAAGGGCCGAGACGGGAACUGGCGUAAGGACAAACGUCACGAUUUCGGCGAAGUUGAGUGGGUUGGCCAUUGGUAGCGGGAAGAGGAACAACUCGACCCCGAGUUUCUCC